UAGUACGCGAGAUUCGAGAACACGAUCUAGGGUUUCUGCUUUCGGUUCAGCAGCCGCCGUUCGCGAUUACCUAUAAAAAGGCCGUCGUCUUCCUCGUCUCACUUCCCCCUCUAUCGAGUUCAACCGACCCGCAACCUCGUAUCAUCCUAGAAGAGGAGGAGGAGGAUUCGAGAUGGGUCGGAGGCCGGCGAGGUGUUACAGGCAGAUCAAGAACAAGCCGUACCCGAAGUCGAGGUACUGCCGGGGAGUCCCCGACCCGAAGAUCCGCAUCUACGAUGUCGGCAUGAAGAAGAAGGGCGUCGACGAGUUCCCGUUCUGCGUCCACCUCGUGUCGUGGGAGAAGGAGAACGUUUCAAGCGAGGCCCUCGAGGCGGCCCGCAUUGCCUGCAACAAGUACAUGGCCAAGUUCGCCGGCAAGGACGCCUUCCACCUCCGAGUCCGGGUCCAUCCCUUCCACGUCCUCCGGAUCAAUAAGAUGUUAUCGUGCGCCGGGGCCGACAGGCUGCAGACUGGCAUGAGGGGCGCGUUCGGGAAGCCGCAGGGCACGUGCGCGAGGGUCAGCAUUGGGCAGGUCCUUCUCUCGGUCCGGUGCAAGGACUCGAACGGGAACCACGCCCAGGAGGCCCUGAGGAGGGCCAAGUUCAAGUUCCCGGGCAGGCAGAAGAUCAUUGUGAGCAGGAAGUGGGGAUUCACCAAGUUCAGCCGGGCCGACUACGUGAAGUGGAAGCAGGAGAACAGGAUCAUGCCCGACGGUGUGAACGCAAAGCUGUUGGGCUGCCACGGACCCCUGGCGUACCGGCAGCCCGGACGGGCAUUCUUGAGCGGAGAUUUGCAAGCUUCUGCUUGAUCAACUUGUUUAUGUUUCUUUGGUUUUCUGGUAGCAACUCUCAGGCCUUUGAGAUACUUCUUUGGUUGAUGCCAAUUUUGCAAUUCAAUAUAAUUAUUCUCGCUGAACAUGAUAUCAAUUCAAUCUC